AUCCGCCCCGCCCCGCCCCUCUCUAUUGUCCUGGCUACGCCGCAGGUCAAACGCAGCUUGAACUUUGCAUCAUUGCAAUGGAGGAAACGAGUUUUUGAGAGUUCCAAUGAAUCAAACACUUCUCCAAGAGCCUCUCGAACCUCAACAGCUCCCGCCGCCGCCAUUACCUUGCAUACGCUUCUUUUCUAAACCCCGCAACCUUCUUAACGACCACAGCUUCGAGCAAAACUAUAGAACCACAUGCACUCUCCUCCUAUCCGCCACCCGCUCGAAAUGCCUUUCUAAUGGCUUGGCCUUGCACGCCCACACCAUAAAGUCCGGAGUCAACACAGUUCCACUAGUUUGCCAUCACCUCAUAAACUUCUACUCCAAGCUCCAGUGCCCAUUUGAGUCAACGCUCGUCUUUGCAGAGUCCCCGGUCAAGUCACCAACCACAUGGAGCUCCGUUAUAUCUUCGCUGGCCCAGAACGAGACUCCUGGCUUAGCUCUUCAGUAUUUUCGCCAAAUGAUGCGUUCUGGUGUCAGGCCCGACGAUCAUACUUUCCCGUGUGCGACCAAAUCUUCCGCCAUGCUUUCUGAUCAUCGUCUCGGGGGAAUGAUACACUGCUGUUCGUUGAAGACUGGGUUCGAUUCGGAUGUGUUCGUUGGCAGUUCUUUGGUGGAUAUGUAUGCCAAAUGCGGGCAGAUAGAUGUGGCUCGGUAUGUGUUCGAUGAAAUGCCGGAGAAAAAUGUUGUUUCUUGGAGUGGGAUGAUAUGCGGGUAUGGUCUGGUGGGCGAGAGCGACGAGGCUUUAAAGCUCUUCAAGCUAGCUUUGGAGGAAGACUUGAAUGUGAAUGACUUCACAUAUUCAUGUGUAAUCAGGUUGUGUGGGACUUCCACUUCGCUCGAGCUAGGGAGGCAGAUACAUGGGAUAUGCUUGAAAACGAGCUAUGACUCAUCCAGUUUUGUGGGAACUUCGUUAAUCUCUCUAUAUUCUAAGUGUGGGCUUGUAGAGGGUGCUUAUCAAGUUUUCAAUGAAGUUUCAGCCAAGAAUCUGGGCAUGUGGAAUGCAAUGGCACUAGCUUGUGCUCAACAUGGGCACACCAAUAAGGUUUUCAACUUGUUCAAACAAAUCGAAAGAGCUGCUGGUAUAAAGCCAAAUUUCAUCACAUUUUUGUGUGUGCUCUAUGCAUGUAGUCACGCAGGGCUAACUCAAGAAGGGAAAUAUUAUUUCGGGUUAAUGAAAGAUUACGGGAUUGAGCCAGGGGAUCAGCAUUAUGCUUCUUUUGUUGACUGCCUUGGACGAGCUGGAAAACUACAAGAAGCCUUGAAAGUAGUAGAAGAAAUGCCCAUAAAACCUACUGAAUCUGUUUGGGGAGCAUUAUUGACCGGUUGUCGCAUUCAUAGGAACACUGAAUUGGCAGCUUAUGUGGCUGAUAGGGUUUUUGAACUGGGUCCCGUGAGUCCAGGCCUGCACGUGCUACUAUCCAAUACAUAUGCAGCUGCUGGUAGAUAUGAAGAUGCAGCUAAAGCAAGGAAGAUGCUGAGAGAACAAGGUGUGAAGAAGGAAACUGGUUUGAGUUGGGUUGAAGAAGGAAACAGGACACACAUGUUUGCUACUGGUGAUAAACGCCACGAAAGAUAUAAGGAGAUAUACCAUAAGUUAAAUGAAUUAGGGGAUGAAAUGGAGAGGGCUGGUUAUGUGGCAGAUACUAACUUUGUGUUGCAACAAGUUGGUGAUCAAGAGAGGAAUGAAGCAAUAAGGUAUCACAGUGAAAGAAUAGCCAUUGCUUUUGCACUCAUCACAAUUCCACCAGAAAGGCCGAUUAGAGUUAUGAAAAACUUGCGUGUUUGUGGUGAUUGUCACAAUGCAAUAAAAUUUAUGUCCAAGUGCACGGGGAGAGUAAUGAUUGUGAGGGACAACAAUCGGUUUCAUCGGUUUGAGAACGGAAAGUGCACAUGUGGUGACUAUUGGUGACUGUAUAGAAUAAAAACUCAUAAGCUGCUAGUUUCGAACUGUUCAAUCAAAGAGAUGACAUGGUGAUAAACCCAGCUUAUUUUGACACUGCAAACCAAGGGCAAAAUUGAUAAAAUCUAUUGAGGAUUUUGAACUUUCUACUCCGCCACAUGGAAAAGUUCAUUGUGAAAGGGGUUAGGAAGUUGCUACAAGAGCAUCAUGUAAAUCAAACAUAUCAUUAUAUCAAAGCAGCUUAUCUAUCUGGGAUGCAUUACUCUAUGUCUUGUGAGUAUUGUGCUUAUAUUCCCAAAACUUCAAGUGGAGGGUCUUUGCUCGGGGAAGAUUGCAAAAAGUUUGACUAGAAGACACUAGGAAAGCAAUUGGAAUUGACCUAAGGGACAGCAUGUGAUGUCUCUUUACAUGUAUAGGUUUUUUGAAUGCGUUAGGCGGUUCGUGCGAUUUUCUUGGACCCAAUGUUGUUAGCUAUCUGCUUCCCUUUUGCUUCUUUCAAAUUCUUGACAUGGGUCUUUCUGACUUGGUGGAUAGAAGCGAGGUAGAAAUCCAUUUUUGAUAUAUUCAAGCAUAAUAUGCCAGGGAUAAUAUCCUGGCAUAUAUGGAAAAUCUACUCAGAGAUGGUGUGGGGAAAUAGAUCUACAGCUUCAUCAUCGGAUGCAUUGAUUUAUCAAAUCAAAAGAUUUACACAAGAAUGGUCAACCACUUUGAAGAACUUCAAAUCUAAUCUGGGUUAUGAGUUCUUACUCUCAGAAAAUCUGAUUCCUCAUAAUUUCAAGAAAGUAAAGACUAAAGCUUUGCUGGUAAGAUGGACUCGACCCAAGACUGAAAUGAAACUAAAUAUUGACGCCUCAUACAUACCUAGGAAAUCUUCAGGAGGAUCUUUGAUGCGGGACGAUCAAGAGGUCAAAUGAGUUUAUUUAUUUAUUUACAUACUAUAACUCUGAAUGGUUGUUUGCGAGCUUUUCAAUCAAAACAUGAAAGUUUUGUUAUUCUUUGUAUGAUAUGAGAUCAUGGCCUGCAAUUGACAAGGAUGUGAUGUAAACAAGGUGGUGAAGGAUAUAAUAUUUGCUCAAGGAUACAAGAAAUACUGGUAUUUCUAGGUCAUUACUCAUUACUGUGUUGAUUUUCACGUAGCAGCCGCACUAGGUGUAAACUUUUUCCUCAAUAUCGAUAGCGUUUAUGAUGGAAGUAGAGAACAUUGGUGGCCUAAAUUCGAUGUAAUUUGACUUAUAAGUAACUAUUUAUCUGUAUUAGAACAUUGGUUUCCUUUUUUUCACUUGGUCUUUGGUCAUACUCUUUUAUUUUGUAUUGGGUUACAUUGGAAGGCUGGUCUCUGGUAAGCAGAUGUAGGUUGGUAUAACGGCAUACCUAAAGGUUGUCAUCAAGAUUCAUUAGGAUGUUAUGUGAGCGGGGGAGUAAAGAGUACAUGAAGCUGGAAUUGGGAUUCAACGGUACAUCAAUUCGCCAAAAACGGGUCUAAUUUGGUACAUCGGGUUAUUAGGUUUGCUAACUUGCUGACCUGGCCAACGGAUUAGUGACAUUGCGUCCAAAUUAGGCACCUCAGCCGCAUAAACUGGCCUUCAAGUCAGCAUCUUCUAUUGUACUCCUAUCGAACCCUAGAAUAUACGGUGAAGAUGAGUUCGUUCUCUUCAUUUCUGACCUCCUGCAUAUCGACUUCCUCCUGCGAAGGUGAAGGUUUGGGAACCGGUGAAAUGUCUUAUGGAAAUUGCUAUUGUGGAAUUCCGGCAAAGAUAAUGACUUCAUGGACAAAUGACAAUCCAGGGAGAUGAUUCAUCGCCUGCUCAAGAGCUGCAGGUGCCUGUUUCAACAUGUUUGAAUGGCUUGAUGAAGAAAUGUGUUAUAGGUCCAAGAUGAUUAUUCCUGGUUUGUUGAGGAAAAUAAACAAAUUGGAAGUUGAGCUUGUCGAGGAGAAGGCAAAGGAAAAAGGCAUAUCUAAAAAACUAAACAUUUGGAGUGUCUUGUGGUGCAUUCUUGCAUGAUUACUGCUGGUUGUCAUAUGGCUUGUUGCGAAUGACAGUGGAAGCAAGAAGAAGGUAGCUUCGAAGAUGUGUGAUGCUGGCAUGGAUUAAGUUUGCAUGGAAGUUUUAUGAACUGAUGUAUCAUUUUGUUAGCUUUGAUGUAUGACUUUCUUAGCUUUGAUGUAUCACUUCCUAGGUGUAACACUUGGGUAUGAUUUCUGAGUUGCUUAGGUUUGAUGUAUCAGUUUAAGUUUAUGUAUGUAGGUGUAUCAGUGAGUUUGCUAUGAUGUAGCAUAGUAUUUGUACUCUGUUUCUUCCAAUGAUAUGUAGAAUGACUUUUAUUUAGACCAUUUGAUAUUAG